AUGAGAACUUUGGAAUGUACUCUGGAUAGAUCACCGAACGGCGAAGACCAGACGGUUCUUAUUUGGACCGAGCUCCAAGUUCCUAAUGACCUGGAGCUAACCGACCAAUGGGCUGGGUAUUUUCAGCCACUACUUCGGGCCCCGGGACACGAAGGGUCUAUGUGGGGAAGGGUUCAGGAGCGCCCGAACACGAUUCUUCUAUUAACAGGAUGGAAGAGCACCUCGAUUAUGAAGGAAUUCAUAGCCUCGCCUUCCGCUAAGAUCUAUUGGGAGAAUCUUAAGAACGGAGGAAUAAUAUAUAUGUCCUCUCGUGAGACAUUUUCUCGCUAUGACUUCUGGAGCCGUAUCUCCCGCAACUUCCUAUACUCAUACGUUCAAUUAUUCUGGGUUUACUUUCCCGCGCCUGUGAACGAAGCCUACAAGGCCCGAAUUCGGAAACUACGAUCCACUGAAAACGGGCUAGCUCAACAACAUAGGCCUUUGAAGAUAUGGGCUACCAACACAGAAUUCGUGCAUGGUCAAGAGGCUCGGUUAAUGGUGUGGUCGAACUUCUGGCAGGACGAAAGUUGUGCCGAGUAUAGGCAUCAUCGGGAAUAUAACACGAUUCAAGGCAUGGGGGCUCGUGUUCGUGUGGUCCACUGCAAACCCCAACUAGAGAGGGUCAGUGACAGUCUGGAGGAAGUAGGAGCAGUGGGAUGGAAGGAAGAGUUUGUUUAUUUCAAGCAAUUUGAGUCUCCGGCCGUUCUAGUUUGA